AUGUCAGUCCCAAAUAUCGAGGAGAUUUGCAAGUGUGCACACGACAUAGUUAUCAAGGCGCGCAAGGCGCGGACCCUCAGCGCACUCACCCCUCGCUUGAUCCGAGAAAGCGUGGAAAAGAGCCUCUCUUUAGAACCCGGAGCUCUUGAUGAGAAGCGGUACAAGAAAGCGCUGAAGGGAGCGAUCGAGGAUGCCAAGUCUGAGGACCUCCCAGAGCAGGACACGGAAUCUGACCAAGGAAGCACCCCGGACAAAAAGCGCGCUCGCAAGGCGACAGAGGAAGACAAGGAGGCAAAGCGCACGCCUUCCUCGAAGAAAAGCAUGAAAGACCGGGAGUCAUCACCGAAGAAGGCGUUCAAGUCAAAGGAAAUCAUAGAAGAUUCUGAUGACAACGAAGAUCCUGCGCCUCCGUCCCCAAAGAAGCCGAGGAAGGGGCGAAAAAGGUCAGUAUCUCACUUGUUCUUCAAUCUGAUCCCGGCUGAGUAUCAUCUACAGAACGACGCGGACGACAAGCCGCCCAAAACGCAGACCGCCAAGUCUCGUAAACAGCCAGUCGUGGACGAAGAUGCUGAGGCGGGACCAUCAAAGACAGAUCCAACCUCCUCCGUACCCUCAUCUUCAACUCGUGUGGCAGCCAAUGACCCCGACGAUUCUGACAAAGCCGACCAGGCGAGUUCCCGCACCAAGAGCGAAUCCGAGCUGUCUGUCCUGAUCGACGAUUCUCCAAAACCCCGGAGUCGCAAGAGAAAGAGCGUGACAAAGAAACCCAAACAGAAGCGGAGCAAGACCUCCUCACAGACCCUAAGCAAAGACGAGCAGGCGGUCGCUCGACUCAAGUCGAUCGUCGUCGCCUGCGGGGCACGCAAAAUCUGGUCCAAGGAGUUCUCCGGCCUCGACAAGCCCUCGCAGCAGGUCGCCCGCCUGCGCUCCAUCCUCUCCGACCUCGGCAUGAUCGGCCGCCCGAGCCUGGAGCAAGCCAAAGCGAUCAAAGAAAAGCGCGAACUCGCGAAGGAGCUCGCGGACGUGCAGCAGUUCGGGCAGGCCGUCGCGGCCGGCAAGCCGUUCCAAACGCGAUUUGGGAGGUCGCGCGCGAAGGCGGAGGACGACGAAGAAGCGAAGGAGAAGCAGACAGAGGAAGAGUCCGAAGCAGAGGUGCCUACGAAGAACGCCGCACGGAGAAGCAUCAUGGCUUUCCUGGGAGACCAAAGCGACGACGACGACUGA